AAGAAAUGGUACUGAUUUUAAAGCGCUUUAUUGUAUACAAAAUAAUAUACCAAGUGCGCUCGAUACCUCUUUUAAGCUUUUCUAAUGUUUUAUAGAGAAAUAUAACUGGAUUAAUGUUGAAAAAAGAAACGUUUUACAAUGUAAAUAUAUUCGAAUGGACUUCCCUCCAGAGCGAAACAUUGGGUGCCUUACAAUAUUAACGUAAAAUUAAUUUUCUUCGGUUUAUGAUUUUUAUUUGAUGACGUUAGUCAUCGAACUUUGAUACAUGUAAUUCUUGGAAAGCGUAUAUACCGCAAUCAGUCACUUAGCUGUAUAGCGCUGAUGUACCGACUGUUGAGAAAGCAUACAUUAAACUAUUCCCAAGGUAUUUUCAGUUAUAAAGAAAGUGCAUAGAUGAUAGAUGAUUGUAAGUUAAUUCGCCAGUAUUCAUCUUCUGCUUAAGAAAAAUUAUUUUGAUUGGAGACCGUUCCGACGAAUAAACGUUAUACCCGUCUCAGCUCAUUAGUCUAUAAACGUCCCUACAUCUGAUAUGAAUCAGUUGGAAUAAUUCGGAGGUGAGUUGAUACAUUAGUUUGUCAUACUUUAAGAGUUUAGACUUAAUCUGUCCAAAGAAUACAGCACAGCUAUUCUGUGCAUCUGUUAGAACAUGAUUUUUUGCUCAAUACAGAAUGAAAUAUACUCUAACUUCAUAUUUUUUUUUAUCUUAGAGAAUAUAUGACAGGACGGACAUGAUAUAAAUCAUUUAAAUGAAGGACGUAGCUGCAUAAUGUAUUGCUACACGCAGAAGGGAAUACUGAUUGUCGCUUUCAGGAUUUUGAUAUUUUAAAAAACUAAACAUAAUGACAUCUUCCAACGUCGCUCUAUUCGUGGUCGCCGUUCUCGUGUUCGGGACAGUCGUCAACUCUCAGUCAGUGUACCAGCAGACCUACGGACAGGGUGUCUACUCCCAAUACCCAAGGAGUCCCGUCUCUAUUUGGAUUAUACCAAUUGUCCUAGUCGUUCUGGUCGUGAUACUGAUUCCAUCAUUGGUCGGAAGUUCUUGGAUUAUGGCUGACAAAAUGAAAACACGUCCACCUACACCGACCACCUCGAUACCGACCACCUCGACCACAACUAUGACUACACCGAGCACCCCAAUACCGACCACCUCGACCACAACUAUGACUACACCAAGCACCCCGAUACCGACCACCUCGACCACAACUAUGACUACACCGACCACCCCGUUUCCGACCACCCUGUUUCCGAUCACCCCGUUUCCGACCGCCCCGUUUCCGACCACCCUGUUUCCGACCAGCUAGACCCCAACUAUGACUACAACUACCACACCUGAUGGAAGUGGAUAAGGGAGAUAAUUAAGACAACUGGCUGAGAUAUUAAACCCGGAAAUGUAGCAGAGUACCGAUGAAUAAAAAAUUAUAACGUUUUGUGUUAUUGUGGAUUAUGGUUGACAAAAUGAAAACACGUCCACCUACAUCGACCACCUCGACUACGACUAUGACUACACCGACCACCUCGACUACGACUAUGACUACACCGACCACCUCGAUACCGACUACUUCGACCACAACUAUGAAUACACCUACCACAACUUAAGGAAAAGAGAUGUAGCAUAGUACCGAUGAAUAAAAAAUUAUAACAUUUUGUGUUGAAAUGUGUUGAAUUUUGAAAUUAUG